GAUCUCCAGUGCAGCCGGACACAGCGUGCAAGGCUCUCUCGCGGCAGAACUCGAGCAACAUCUUGCGACCGCACCAGUGGAAUCGUUGCUUAAGCAUCCCGACUUGAUAUCGGGGCCCUUUGACCCCAAGUCCAAUGAGGAGGAACUGUAUGAUCCCGGAGGGUACAAUUAGGGAGGCUAUCGGUCAGACUCCUGCUGGGAGGAUCGGGACGACGGCUGAUAUUGCCCAUGCGGUUGCGUCCUUGUGUUCGAAAGAGGCGGCGUUCAUGACGGGGAGUGACAUGUUGGUUGACGGAGGAUUGACGGCGAUGAAGAGAUGGGGGUUGGACUCGGCUUCUGAGUCUAAGAUGUAGUACUGUGCCUCUUUGAAGUAUAGGAGGUCUUUUUCAUGAUGCGGACGGAGACUUGGGUUACAAUGAUCCCCUUUGUCUCUUAGAGAGCUGAUCUAACGACCUUCCUUCCGCAUGUCUGAGCUCUACGUUCACUCAUCAGCGGAUAUUAGGGUUAUGCAGGACGAUCAACACCGAGGCAUCUAUUUAAACUAAUAAAUAUCUUAAGUAAUCUAUCCGCAAUUUUGGCAGAAGUCGAUCACCUGAAAUUCGGAGUAUCUCCGACCGAGUCUACCCCUCUCGGCCUCAUUUGUGAACAUGAAACUUGUACAAGAACAUCCCCUCCACCCCACUUCCAAACCUCACCAAACACAAUGGACUCAGUGAGAGGGAAGGUCUACGCCGUCACCGGCCUGGCAGGUAUCGGCCUCGCCGUCGCAAAACAACUCUACAACAACGGCGCCCGCCUUUCCCUAGCCGACAUCGACGAAAUAGCCCUAUCCUCCGCCUUCGCGCAAUUCAACUCCGACAGCGAGAAUGUCCUCACAACGCCGGUCGACGUUGGAUCCUCGGCGUCCGUAGAUGCCUGGAUCGAGUCGACCGUUCGGCACUUCGGACGACUAGACGGUGCCGCCAAUAUGGCGGGCAUGAUUGGGAAGAAGCACGGGACGGGCCGGUUGACGGAGCAAGAUGAUGCCGAGUGGGAUCGCUUACUCAGAGUUAAUCUGACGGGGACUAUGUAUUGUGUCCGGGCGCAGGUGAGGGGUAUUUCGGCGACGGCGGGCAAGGGGAGUAUUGUCAAUGCGACGAGUAUUCAGGGAGUCAGAGGGUUUGCAUUGCAUGCGGCGUAUUCCGCGUCGAAGCAUGGGGUGGUUGGGUUGACCAAAAGUGUGGCCAAGGAGGUUGGGCCGGAGAUUAGGGUUAAUGCGGUUGCGCCGUGAGUAUGCUCCUUUCACCUUGGUUGCGGAGUAAGAGAAAUGCUCAUAUGCUGGUAGAGGGUCUAUUCAGACACCAUUGCUCGACAAGGCCGUCGCCAUCCAAGGCGGUUUCACACAGCCACCGACGAUCAUUCCACGCAAUGGGACGGCGGACGAGGCGGCUCAAUCGGUGUUGUUUUUGCUCAGUGACGCUGCUUCCUUCACAACUGGAACUGUCCUCUCGGUCGAUGGUGGUUGGGAUCCCUGAGUUAGCUGUCUUGAAUAAGCGGCGAGGAUGAUAAAGUCCAAUAUCUCGUUCUCGAUAUAUGUGCACGCAUGUCGCCCGGCAACACUUGCGGAACAUAGAUUAUACAUGAGGCCAGGAGCCUCUAUUCCUGUAUGGAAAUCGGUAUCUCAAUCCGACAAAGCUCAUUUCUUUUGUACAUGCAAAAGGGUAUAUAAGUAAAUGCAGGUAAUCAUCAGAAUCAGAAACGUCGUCAUGUCACCUAUAAGUCCAUAGGAAACCUGCUGUGACAAGGAAUACCAGGGGUAAGAUAAGCUGCUGACCAGGGAAGCGAGCCGGAAGUAAGAUCAGAGCCAAACAAAACGUACACAAUAAGGCGAGCGCAACAAAGGUGUAAUUAGGUUGAAGAAUGGGCGCGGUGCUCUUGGACGCUCUAGCAAAACUGAUCAGUAUCAGUUCCAUCUUCACAGCAUUCUAAAACGAACCUUGCUAUGGGCCAGCCAUCCUC